UAGCUCUUCAGUGCGAAGCGAAGCAUCGAAAGUGAUAGGUGUACAGCGGAAUUUAUACUCGUUUUUGGCUCGUUUAUUUGACGCACAUUUUGACGUGAGUGCAGUUAUUCUCUUACCUGGUUGCCAACGCCUGAAGCUUUUGAAGUUCGCUUUUUUCGGCAACAGCGACACAGCAGAGCAAUUGAAACACAUCCAGGCGUCUAAGGGAGGUUCGACAAUCGCAUACAGCUAUAUCGAAGAUGGGCGUGGCACGCCUUACCCUGAUGCUGCUGGUGGCAGCGAUGCUCCAGCUGAGCCAUGUGGACGCCUACUCCAAGUAUGGACGCGGCUGUGCCGACAUUGGGUGUCUGCCCACUGAGGAGUGCGUCAUCACUAGCGACUCGUGCAGCUACAAUCAGCGCGAUGGCAAGGACUGCGGCAGCUAUCCGACCUGCAAGCGCAAGAGCGGCUCCAGUACCAACCAGGCCAACCCCUCCUCCUCGUCGUCGUCGGUUAAUCCGUCAGGAUCCAGCCUGAAUACGGGGCCCGAGAAUAAAAUAUUCGCGCCGGCUUCAUCGAAUCCCACUCUUAACACCUACACCUACUUCAGUCACAGCAAUCACAAUAACAACAAUAACAACCAGAACGGAGGGCACGCGAAUGGCAACCAGCAACUAUCGGGCAGCCAUCAGAAUGGCGGCCAGGGCGGCGCCCAAAACGGCGGCCAAGCAAUCAGCCAGAACGCUGCGAAUGCCGAGGGCUCAAACGGGGCCGCCGGCGCCUCAGCCACUGGCAUCGAUCAGCACUACGUGUUCGGGGCUAAGCAUCAUAUGCCCAUCAUACCCAAUAUGCCCAUAUUUCCAUACAAUUCGCCAACGCAAGCGCCAUCAUUUCAACAGUUUCCCCAACCCAACCAUCCAGGUAGCGUGCUCAACCCGGGCUACCCCAUGCAUGGCCUGCAGCCGGUGAACCCCUACAAUCCAGCGUUCGUAUUUGGCCAGCUGCCGUUUUAUUCUGGACCGGCCGGCACUGGUGGGCCGCCCGGGGGCGGUGGUGCCGGCGUCGGCAUGCCCAGCUCUAGCAUGGGCAUCCUCGGAGGCGGCGGCGGCGGUCUGGCGCCAUACGGCAGUAACUACCAGGGCUACCAGACCCACCACUCGAAUGCGAACAUGUACAACAAGCCGCCGCCACAGUACCAGAACCAGAACCAACAGAAUCCCUACAAUCGCCAGACCCAAGCGCAUCCUUCGGCAGCUCUGCGGUGCGGUAACUCCAGCGCCCCGCUCAUCGGCCUGCUCGCGGUCCUCGUGUUGCUGCUGGCCCACCGAGGCAGCGCUAGUGGCAGCACGUAAUAAGAUGCAGCAGCAGUCGCUCUGGAUCCUGCAACACGUCGACGAUCAAAUCAGCUAUUGCUAUUUCUUUUCCUUCAGUUCCCAUUAUUAUGUUACGUUAAUUUCUAUAGCCUGGUUUUAUGGAAUGCUAGAUUAAGGAAUGCGCCUCGACCCGGAUUUAAUAGCAGUCGCAGCGACUAGAGAGUCGGUGAUAUCACGAUCUCACUCCAAGUGCAACAGCAGCCACAACAACAACGAAAACAAUAGCAGCUAAAAAUUUAGAUUUAAUUCAGCAUGCGAUUAUUUGCAUAUACAUACAUAGUUGAAGCAUUGACAAUAUAUGUAUUCUGGGAGCUAUCUCUGUUUGAAUAUGCUCUUAAGUGUAUGUGUGUGCCUAUGUGUGCAUGCGUGUGUGUGCGUGUGUGUGUGUGCAUGUGUGGGUCCAUUUGUGUGGUCUAACGAGCCGCUGUAAUAGUCGUUGCCCUGAAGGCUCGUUGCACUCGUUGCUCCAUGUUUUUUGCAGCUCAAUUAAAUUGGAAUUUAAUUUCAGGCUUAGAGCGAGUACCGGACAUCAGCCGCAGACUUAGUUGCCACACACACACACACACACGCGCACAUGUGCUAACUUUGGUAGCAACUUUGAUGUUGAAUGUUAAUUUAAUUUUUGUUGCUGCUACAAAUUUUGUGGCAAGCACUUCCGGCAUUUAUUGCGUCGUUCAUAUUGCUGCCGUUGCAGUUGCUGUUGCAGUUGCAGUUGCAGUUGCAGUUGCUGUUUCUGCUGCGCCCCCCCCCCUGGCCCCUCAACAAACCAGCAGUCAGUUGUAGAAGCAGUUGCGCGUGUCAAUCAAAAUGCAUAAAAACAAACUGAUUUGAGGCUGCAAAGAAACAAAUAAAGAAAAGAUAAAUGUGGAUGCGCUAAUAAUUAGAAAUCGAGACAUUUAAAGAAAAAUUAUGUGCACAAAGUACACAAUUAAAUGUAAUUUUAACAAUUUUUUUUACAUACAAAAAAGUAAUGACAAAACUAAAAAUCAAAACACAAAUACAAAAUAAUUCUAGAAUUUGCCAGUAUCAUAAAAGCUGAGCCGGGACUAAAACAGUAAAUCCAAAUGCAACAAAUAUUUUCAGAAAUACAGUUACGAAUCUGAUUAAAUGUCAAAAGUACCAAUCUCUAGUUGCUGUCCGAUAAAUGCUAUCGAUCACAUUUGUAUAUCGAUCAAUGCCAGAAAUGGGGAGCUCAAUCGGACAGCAUCUCCCUCCUGUGGAUUGAAAUCCAUGUUAAACGACAACACAUAUUUUCACACACACAUACAUAUUUAAUUUUAAAUUUAAGAUAAAAUAUGGGAAAACAACUAAUUUCAAGAAACGUCAACAUUUUGUCUAUCAUGUGAAUGCUCUAAUUUUUUUUUAUAUCAUUUAUUAUAACUACAGUCGAGUCUCUAUAAAUCGUACACCCCUAAAUCAAAAAUCGCGAAAAAUCGAAAA